UUGGCUUCUUCUCUCGGAGUUCCGUCAACAGGUUAUAUCAAUAAAUGGAAUUCGGGCCAUGGAUUAAAGCUACCACAAACUAAAAUGUUGUUGUUAACAUAUUCAGUUGUUUGGAUGAGCUUCUGCUAUUCACUUGCUUUCUGAAGAGAUUUUGGAAUGACACUAUGCAAAGAUGAGGAUGAGAGUUUAAGAGGGAAGAAGAGGAUGUUUAUCAGUGAUUCGAAGAGGAUGUUUAUCAGUGAUUUGUUGAACCCGAGGAAUGUAUCGUCUCUGAUAGAGCUCGAUGAUCGAACACUCCGUAACGUCUUCUUAAUGCUGAUAUGGGACCUAGAUACAAGAUGCCUAAGGAUAACUCUCAUUAUCAUAUGGCAAUCGGAGGUGAAGGUAUCAUGGAAACACUUAACUCAUGUCGACAUAUUAAGAAUCCAGAAACUACAAGUGGUGACCUUUUAAAGAAGAAAAGCUCUUUAGCAAAUCCUCUCAAAAAGAAGCCUAUGGAAUGUAUCAGUCUCUUUCAUCUGCCUUCUUCGCUCACAAACCACAAAAAGUUCAAGAUCCAUGGAGAUGUUUGGUUCCCUCACCCUCUUCUCUCUCAAGGUAACUCUUCAGUCUUCAUCUUCUGGAAGCCAUUGAAGUAGAUCUGCAGAGAGUUCUUGCUACGAUACUGAUCGGGAGAAGGAGCUUGGAGGAUGGAUUAGGAGAAGAGAUUGAGACAAAGCAUCAGUAACUCGAGGAAUCAAGGAUUUAAGAAAAAAAAUUGAGAUUAUUAUUAGUCUUUGUUGAUCUUUGUGGAAUAAGUUAAGAAUAUAGUUUUUUGGUGGUGUGUCAAUGGUGAGGUAGGCGAUGGUGCAAGCUCCUCUCCAAGGUUUUGCCGUUUUCUAUUAAUUAUUCUAUUUAAUUAUGUAUUUUAUGUAUGUUUUACAAUGUUAUCCUUAUUAUUAUGUCAAAACAUGAAAGGAGGAUAUUUGAUGAAAUGUGAUAAUAUAUUCUUUUG